AUGGAUUCCAUAUCAACACUCGUUUCCCAAGGCAGUGCUCGCCUCACCGCUCGUGAAGAGGCAUUUUCGAAUAAUCCCGAAAUCAAAGCACAAAACAGAACCAUGCUGGAUUUGACCAUCGCCUUGAUGGUUCUGAUCGUCAUUGCGACCUCACUAGUCGGCUCUCUCUUCUUCCUGAGAAGAGUCCGUCGAAGAAAUGCCUUGGCACGGGAAACCCUUCCAACCCAUAAUGAUCCUGCACAACAAGGACACAAACGACUCACCAUCACCACUACCAGCGCCCCAGCAUACACCCGCAACUCAGCCAUCGUCGCCUAUGACGAAAAAUCUCCAAUGAUGAGCGACUCCGGAAGCCCAAGUUCUCCUGUCCCAGAAAUCAGAAUUACCUUUCCAGAUGAGCAAGAUGAUGCUGGACGAAAAACCAGUGGUCGUGUAGUAGUUGUCCGCGUUGGAGAGACUAGCGUCGGUCUUGAGCCAUUACCACAACAGGACGAGCAGCUACCGGCAUACCAAAAGGAGAGCGGAGAACGAUUUGACUCGAUCGACAUGGACCGCAUCGGGGGGCUAAAGGAGAAGCACGAAAAGGAUCAAUUCUCCUAG